UCUACCAGAAAAACCCUAAUAGACGCGUAUAACCCAACCAUUAGAGAAGAUGAAUUCUUCUUCCUGGCGAUCCAUUCCCACGGUAGAUAGAAUCAGCGACAUGCCUGAUUCGAUACUCUGUCAUAUUCUCUCCUUUCACCCAACCAAAUUCGCUGCAACCACAAGCGUUCUCUCAAAGAGAUGGAAACUGGUUUGGAUCGCAGUUGUUGCUCUCUACUUUGACCAGGAAACCUUCAACAGCUUUGCAAGCUUCCGCAAUUUUGUAUGGUUAAGCAUGUUCACAUUGCGAGACAAAAAGAGUUCAAUCUAUUCCUUUACCCUCAAAUGCGGCGAAUCUUCUCGAUUCACUCAAAGAGACUGGGUUAAAAUUUUUAAAUUUGUGAUGGAACGAGGAAUCGAGUAUCUUAACUUCGACAUGUCUGAAAAUUAUGUGAAACUAUUGAUAGGAUUGUGCGACUGCAACACUUUCUUGUAAAUGUUGGAUAGAUCCAGUCACCACUUUUCCUGCCACUGUUCCUGAAUGUCUUUCAUCCCAGCUCAAAACAUGCUACAUAAGAGGUUAUAGAGACUCAAAAUGGUACUGCGUAUUUGCAAAAUAUAUUGUGCAACAUUCAAAAGUACUAGAGACCAUGACAAUUAAGACUUCCUUCCUUGCAAAGAACCAAAAGUUCUUGAGAAUAUUAUCUUCAUCCACAAGGGGCUCUCCAAAUUGUAAACUUUUAUUUGAUUGAUGAUGAUAAUUAAUUUAUGUUAUUUGAAGUGUGUAGUGGUUUUUCAUGAAAGAAUUGGUUUGGGAGUUAUAUCAUAAACCUUUGCUCAGUUUAAAUGGACCAAUCCUUGUAAUGGAAGUUUUCCUUUUUAUUCUAUUGCAUGUAUAUGGUGUAAUUCGGCAGUUGAUUAUA